AUGCGUAACCCGCCUCCAGAGGUGAUGGCCACAUGGCCUCACCCAAACUACGACAACCCGGAUCACCGUGGGCCCGCCCUGCUCAUUGUCGAGGUGUCCAUCAUGUCGGUCGCUGUUCUCACUCUCCUGGCUCGACUCUAUGUCCGGAUAUUCAAGGUCAACAAAAGUGGCCUCGAUGACUGGCUCAUGUUGGCUGCCAUGGUUUUCGGCAUUGGCGUUACAAUCUGUGUGAUACUGGCGGCUCAGAUGUACGGAUGGAACAUUCAUGUGUGGGAUCUGAAAGAGUCCCAAGCCGUCAAAGGUCGACAGGUGUCCAUCGCCGCCCAGACACUCUUCUUGUUCUCUUCCGGUCUCGCAAAGAACUCGAUUCUCGUUUCCUAUCUCCGAAUUGCUCCGGCUCACUCAUGGCUUCGACGCGUGACCUAUGGAUCGAUCGGCCUGGUUACCGCCUUGAUUUUUAUCUUUCUUAUUGUGCUUUGGACACAAUGUCGGCCAAUGUCUGCUUAUUGGAGCUUGACAGGCGGUGAUAGCUGCUCUGCAGAAGGCCCUAGCGUGCUGAGCCAAGCUAUUACCACAGUUGUUACCGACCUACUCGUCUGCGCUAUCCCUCUACCAACACUAUUCAAGUUGAAGCUACCACUUUCGCAACGCAUCGCCCUCAUUGUGGUUUUCUCACUUGGCCUUGUUGUCGUUUUCGCGGCCUCGAUGCGCGCAUACUGGACACACUACGUGACGGACGAGACCUACGAUGUCACCUGGGAGGGCUUCUAUCUUUGGAUCUGGACCGCCGUAGAGGCAAACUUGGGUGUCAUCUGUGGUAGCGUGCCGGCAUUGCGCCCACUCUUCAGGAGCAUCUUUCGGUCAAAGAGCAGCAGCUACUACAACAAGACAGGCUCGCACGCGUAUCCGCCUGGCACCGCCCAAGGAGGAGUAGUAACGGUUAUCACGAGUCCUAAAAAGGCUAGUCGGACCUGGACGGACAGCCUGCAGCGAGGGAGCAAAGGGGUGAGGAUUCAGGAUGACCAUAUCGACAUCGAAGCGGGCACUUUUAGUGGCGGAAAACGACACAAAGACACCGACAGCGGGACGUCGACGCUUGAGAUGGAUACCUGGCCGUCGCGAGAGCAACCAAGAUCGUGGCCGUCGGGCUCAUAG